AUGUCACGACAGAGCAAACAUGUUCACAACUUCAUCAUCGCCUGUGAUGAGAGUGGAGAGCUUGCUGGCUCAGCAGAGAUCACCAUGAAGAUGUAUCCCUGCAAGAGGAACAGCCGUCCUGACGAUCAGCUACCAUACAUUUGCAAUGUUGUGGUGCGGAAGGAGUACAGGAAGAAAGGCUUUGGGGAAGCUCUCGUGCUAGCUUGCGAGGAAAAGGCUCUUGAAGCUGGUCUUGAUGAGAUCUUUCUUGACACCAACAGCGACAACGUUGCUGCAUUGAGUCUUUAUCACAAGUUGGGCUACGUAGCUGAGGUGGUCGAUCCUCACUACCGGAGCCCCAGAAAGGUCUACAUGCGGAAGCGUCUCAAGGAAACAGCUCCAGAGCUGAAGCCGGACGCGCUGAGCAUGCAUCGGAUCAUCAGGAAGGACGUGGAGGAGGGCGGGGGAGAUGCUGAUGUUGUAUGUGUGCCGGUGCUCAAUGACGACGAGAUAUACCUGCCUCCCAGCUCAAAGCUUGAGCUGAUGCUCGGUCCUUUCGCUCCUGUCGCAACAGCAGUCUUAGCAGCAUUUGCAUGGCUGCUGUUUUGA